CCAAGAUUUGCCGAAAACCCGCAGUUGCCGGCGCUCGCAAGCUUCCGUUCAGCAGCUGCGUCAUCACGUGAUAUGAAGCUUGCAGCUCCCGUGCAGCGAAACCUCAGGUCAUCCAUUCGGGACAAUCUUGAAGCUCCAUUUUGAGAGAAGAGAGUUCCAAGCCGUCAAACCGCGCACCCUUCGCUACGAUCCGCCCUUUUUUUUCGCAACCACUCAACCGAAACCAGCCCUCUUCGUCAAAAUGGCCGCCACCGCUGUCAGACCCAUCACCGGUAUGCUCCGCCGGGGCCUCAUCCUCGACAUUGGCAUUGCCCUCGGUGUCGGCUUCGUUAUGGCCAACGGCUACUGGUACGGCUACCACAUGCCCCGCACCAACGCUCGUGACAACUACUACAAGAAGCUCGAGGAGGAGCGUGCUGCCCGCAUGGGCGCCUAAAUCGAUCUACGGACUGGGCGACCGAUGAUGAAGAACGGAGACGACCUCGAUCGAUCGCGGAGAUGAAGAAGUAACGCAAUACUUGGAGCGAUACCUGAGGAGGGGGAAGAAGAAGAAGGAAGAAGGAAGACUUGCAUGUUGUAUAUCUACAGAUGAAGACGGAUAGACAAACAUCGGCAAUCGAGUCAGCCCGACCGAUACGUAUUCCUUACUUUCUCUUCUGCCUUGUGAUAGACCAUUUAUAAAGGCCAGAUGGUGGCCGGGUAUUUCAUAGACGGGACACGACGGGACGAUGCAAUGCAAAGCAACUAGAGAUUAAGAACGGGAUCCUCCUCGUUGGACACAAGACCAAGAAAUUGUAAAAAGAUG